AUCAUUGAUAGCAACAUGGCGGACAUGAUUGAAAGAACUUGCUGUUGAUGUUUUAAUUGCGCUCAGAAAGGUCUGGUUUAAAAUUUCAAAAAUGACCAAUACACAAUUCAAGCGGGACAACGAAGACCUUUAUCAUUUAAGAUUCCGUUCAUCAAACGACACUUUAGAGACGAAUAUUUGUGAAUCUGCUGAAACAUUAUUAUCCAUGAAAGCUGAUGGAUAUCCAUCAGUGGAUGAAAUUAAAACUGAAUUGAUUGAUGAUGAUACGAUGGACAUGGAUGAUCAACAGAUUUCAAAUAAUUCAACGGAUUCACAUAUGGACACAGAAGAAUCAGAUGCAUUAACUGAACUUGGUCCUGCAGCUUUAGGUCUUCAAAGAGUUGGAACUCAACCUCCACCAAAACCAAACCCUCCUACACAGCCAGUACAAGUUUUGAACCGAAGAGGAAUGCCAGCAAGAAUAAGAAAAAAGAACAAAUUAUUUUAUGAUGAUAUAUUAGUUAAUCAUCCUCAUCAUAGAAUCAAAAAGGAUUCAUCGCAUCCAGAUACAAAGCAGUCUCCUAAAAAAAUGACUAGACCGUCACCAGCAAAAAGACAUAAUAGACUAACUCAUGAACCAAAAAAGAAUAAUAUACUAAAUCGAUCCUUAACACCCACAAUGACAACUAUUAAACAAGAAAAAGAACCAGAUAAACCAAUGCAACCAUCGUCUCCAGAUCGUAAAAUUGGACAAAAAAUUGGCAUGAGACUAAGAAAUUUAUUGAAAUUGCCAAAAGCACACAAAUGGGUUUGUUAUGAAUGGUUUUACAGUAAUAUUGAUAAAACCCUUUUCGAAGGUGAUAAUGAUUUUAUGAUAUGUUUAAAAGAAUCGUUUCCGCAAUUAAAAACUCGAAAAUUAACACGUGUUGAAUGGUGUAAGAUAAGAAGAAUGAUGGGUAAACCACGAAGAUGUUCUCAGUCAUUUUUUGAGGAAGAAAGACGGGAACUGGAAAGAAAAAGACAAAAGAUUCGAAUGCUACAACAAAGAAAAGCAGCUGAUAUUAACAGUUUUAAAGAUCUACCACCAGAAAUACCGUUACAAUUAGUAAUCGGUACAAAAGUUACAGCAAGAUUGAGAAAACCACAAGAUGGAUUAUUUACUGGAAGUAUUGAUGCCGUGGAUACUAGUAAUAACACUUACAGGAUAACGUUUGAACGUGCGGGACUUGGGACACACAGUGUUCCAGAUUAUGAAGUAUUGUCAAAUGAACCACCAGAAACAAUAAGCGUUGCCUCAUUUGCACAAAAGUUUAGACCUAGACAUGUACAAUAUGUACCAUCUCCGCCGUACGCUAUGAAAUUAAUGUCGCCGCGCUUAAACAGCGAUCCUUUAAUAUCUAAUGCUUCCGUAUCUUUACCAAAGAAGUCUCAUAUUGGGGGAACAAUGAAUGGUUAUCCUUUAAAAUUGCUGGAAUUUAUGGUUAAAGUAAAUAAAAUACUGAGUAUUAAAAAAAUAAAAAUUAAAAAAUUAAGAGAAAUGAAUAGUGAAGCGGAAAAAAGACGAUCUUUUGGAGAAUCACUUCCGCCAGAUUUUGAAAGAAGAUACGCAGGAAUUGUGGUUGAACUAGAAAAAAUGAAUGCUGCUCUUCAAGAUUUUCUAAAUGAUGUGCAAGAAUUAUGUCAAGAAAUGGCCCCUGAACCGAGUGUGGCAGCUAUGUUAGCACCAUCUCAUCUUCGUGAAAAAUGUAGGCAAGAAGCAGCCGAUAUGGUUAAUAGAAAUAAUGUUAUUAACGAUAAGGAACCUGGAAAAAUGACUCAAUUAGUAACGGAUUUAACAGCUCUUAUGUUGCAAGUAAAGAGUUUGUCAGAUUCAGACCGAAAUGCAUAUGAAUUGAAAGUAUUACAAGGAACUAUGGAACAGAUACGUUCUAAAUUAAGUCCACAGAAUCAACAAGUUUUUCAAAAUUGUGUCGAAAUACACAUGCAACAUAUACAAUUAGGUCUUGGACAGAGAGGUGCUUUAACACCAUUUAUGGCCCAAAGGGCUUAGCAAAAGUGAAAAUAAUUGUCAAUAUACCUUUAAAAUAUGUACAUUAUUGAAACAUAAUACCACAAUAUUUUGUAAGAAAAUUCAACUUUAUUUUAUUAUCUUUUUAUAUAGGGAAUAUCAUUAGUAAAGAGUAUCUACAUAUAUCAGGUCUGGGCAACUCGAUAAUUCUAGAAGAUUUAUUUAAUCACCACGAACGAUCGUUUGUCACAUGCAGUUAAACCGCGUCUCGACGAGCAACAGUCAGAUAUUGAGGCAAGAUGACGAAAUGUAACAAAUAUUAGACGUCACGCGUCAGAAAGAACGCUAACGCCAAGAAAGUAGGAACGAAGGUGAGUAAUCUUCCUACAUUAUUUAAUGGUUUCUGACGUCACCGUUCACGAACGUUACCCAAAACUCUGUGGACAGAAAAAUACGAAUUGCCCAGGCCUGAUUUUUAUUGCUAAGAUGCAAAUAUAUAGUACACUACUUUUGUACAUACAAUAUUUCUAAAAUUGUUUUUUUAAGUCAUAUUCUAUAAAUAAUUUUUAGAAUAAUGUGCUGUGCUGUUAAUUGCAUUAAACAUUUAAAAAUGUUCAUGUUUGAAAGAUUUACAUACCAAUUUUACGAUUUAAAUAUAACAAAAAUUGGAUAACUAUUUAAUUAUUAAAUUGAAAUUAAAUUGGCAUCGCUGUUGUAAAUAAAACGUGCAUUGUGCAGUGGCAGCUUUCAUUAACUUUAUAUAACAAUUUAAAACUAAAUUAUCACGCUAGAAAUAAAGCAUUUUAUUUUAUAAAAGAU